GACGCAGCCACCACGGCCAGUGCGACAGUGCGUGCAUGCGCCAGUGUGUUCCGUGUGGCGCCCCGACGUGUCCCCAUGGAGUUUGUAGGCUCUUGACGACGAGCGAACGCCACGCCGGGAGCGCCGGCCGGCUCCUCCAGUGCCUUCUUCUGCCUCGCCUGCUGAAACACCUCUGUUCCUCCUCUUGUUCUUCUGCUCUUCGGGUGCGAGCGUCGUUCUCGGGUCCAGCUCGGCGCCGGCGCCAUGGCUGUCCCGCGACCUUACAGUGUUUUCGUGUGCGUCUUCGAGAAUUGUUGCGAAACGUCUCGAGGACUGUGAGUGCCGCGUUUCAGCCCUGCAUCCGUUCCAUGGGAUACGCGAGUCGCCCCGUCGUUCAGCACAUUCUUUGACACCGGCACGGCCAUGUUCGACAGCAGCGGGCACCUCACGCUGCACUACGGCAAGCACCACGCGGCGCUCAUCGGCGAGAUCCGCGCGUGGUUCCACGGCGAGCGCUUCGCGGACGUGACGCUCAUCUGCGACGGCGGCGAGCGCCUGCGCGCGCACCGCCUGGUGCUGGCGGCCGCGUCGCCGCUGGUGCGUCGCGUGCUGCAGGAGUCUCCGGCGGCGGCGGUGGAAGGCCCGGCCGCCAUCCAGCUGCCCGGCGUGCGCGCCAGCGACGUGCGACACCUGCUGCACUUCCUCUACACCGGCGAGGCCUUCGUCCAGGAAUUUCAAUAA